GCGAUUUGUUCGGGGUGCACGUUGCGGUGUUGAUAUAAAGCCUAAUUGGAAUUAACAGACAAACGAUGAAAGUGGGAUUAUUACAAACGACUUUUUAAGCAGUAACUCUGAAGAUGAUCAUUGAGAAUGUGGAAGCUUUGAAGUCGUGGCUUUCCAAACUGCUGCAGCCAAUAUGUGAAGCAGAUCCCUCAGCACUGUCAAACUAUGUAGUCGCUUUAGUGAAGAAAAAUAAACCUGAAAAAGACCUGAAGGCUCUUUGUACAGAUCAGCUGGAUGUCUUCUUGCAAAAAGAGACAGACAAUUUUGUAGAAAAACUCUUUGCAUCUUUAAACACCAAAAGCUACUUGGAGACCCCAACAAAGGGCGUUCUAACCAAGGAAACCAAACAUCCUAGUGGAAAACCUGUAGAGGAGAAGGUCGGCCAUGUUGAGGGCAACAGAAGAAGCAGAAGGAGGAGGAGUCCUCUGAGAAACCACUCCGACUUUAACAAGUCACGGCGCCAACCUGCUCGUCAGGAGCAUUUAGGGGUUAGGUGUCUUGCUCAGGGACACUUCGACACACCCAACCGGACUCAUGGUGAGUGGAGAAAACACGACCGUAAGCGGUGGCAUGAGGACCGCUUCAGAAAGCAAGUGGAACCGCGCAGAGUGUGGUGUGACCCCCCCACUGGCACGAGUCACAGUCGCAGCAGGAGUCACAGUCGGAGUCGGAGUAGGAGCAGGGGCAAGGCCCGGAGCGGAGACCGGGAAAGUCACAGAGGCAAAGAGCACAGGCCAAUGUCUGACGAGCAGCGGAAGGGUCCGGAACACUCCACUCCCAUCCUGGGGUCAUCAUGUGACCCCCCUGAACCGCAGCCGCCACGCCCCGCCCUCCCCCCCUGCUCCGGGGGCCGCGUCGCCCCCAGCCCAGUCUCCAUGGCGACUCCUGUUAGCCUGCCCGACAGCACCACUGAGAGCUGGUCAGGUGCCCGUCCUGAUCGCAGCGAGGGCAAGCCACUCGACGGGCAGAGUCACUACGACGGCUUCUGUGUGCAAGGUGACCUUUGCCCCUUUGACCUUGGCAACGACCCCGUGGUGCUGGACGAUGGCGCCUUGCCAGCAGUGAUGCCGCUCCCUCCCCCGCCAGGUGCCCUGCCCACAGGAAUGGCCACACCCAACCAGGAGCAAGCAUCCCCGCCGGGCUCCACCCUCUCACCAGGUAGUAAAUGUGCAGAGGCUUGUCACCCGGAGGUCCCUGGGGCUGUGGAGCCAGGCCGGGCCCGGUUUCAGCAGCUCUUCCUGCAGGUUCACACUCCCAGACCCAGCCUCAUGGCACUGAGCUCCAGGCCCCCAGACACCCGCAUCUCCAGAGCCGCUAACAUCGUCGUCCGGAUGGAGGCAGGUUUGUCAGCCAGGCAGGACGACGGCCCUCAACAGACCGAAGAGCUUGGCAGGAAGAGGCCCCUAGGGGCCAGCGAAGGGCCUCUGUCCAAGAAAAUAAGCUUAAAUAACCAGCACAAGCGGACUUUUCAGAGGAGUCACUAUGGAAACAGUAAACUUGAGGUUUGGAGAAUCCCGAGAGACCUGAACAACAUCACGAAACUGAACGAGCACUUCCACGUGUUCGGGACGAUUAUUAACAUACAGGUGGCGUUCUGCGGAGACCCGGAGGCGGCGCUGAUCCAGUAUUCUUCCCCCGACGAGGCCCAGCGGGCCUUCAGCAGCACUGAGGCGGUUCUGAAUAACCGCUUCAUCCAGGUCCGCUGGCACCGGGAGGGCCCCGUCCAGGCCCGACACACACCUCCGGGACCGAGCUACAGCGCCCCCACUGGGCCCCCGCACGCCAGUGUCCGCAAGGUGAUUAAGGAGCAGCUGGGCCCUGCCGGCCUCCUGCUGAAUAAGACUGCAGCCACUCCGCCUGUCCUCUCAGCCACCCCACUGACGAUGACUACAUCGAUGUGCCUUCAGAAGACGACUUCAGACGCAGUGGGGAAAGUGGCCAGAGCACUUGUAGCUCAAAAAGCCAUGAAGAAGAAACAGCAAGCCCUGCAAAAGGACGUGAGGAAAGUUCAGCAGAAGAUGCUGGAGAAACGGAUUGAAUGUCAGAAGGUGUUGAUAGGCAGGCUGGAGAGGACCAAGGCCCUGAAGCUGGAGGAGAGGUCCAGCAUCAUGAAGACGCUGAAGGAGCUUUCUGAGAGGAUCUGCCGAAUGAAGGAGGACGUGAGGUUGGCCCCCGUCGCCACGCCCGGUUCUGCGCGGCCCAGUGGAGACACGGACAAGGAGCUGCUGGAUACGGAGCUGGAUUUGCACAAAAAGCUUGUCUCUGGAGAAGACCCUACUGACCUGAAGAAGAAACUCAGCCAGUUACAGGUGGAGGCCACGCGUUUAGGGCUGAUCCCGCCGGGGGUGAGGGCUCGCUGUACGCAGGACCACGGCAGGGGUCGGGGCCCGGGGGCGAGAGGGCGGGGCAGAGGCGGUCCCCUAGCGCUGGAUCAUGGGCCGCGAGCGCUCGUCAUCCCGGGGGUGACCAAUGAGGAGACGGUGCAAAACCAAGCUGAGAAGUUCAGUGGUCACACUCUACGAAUGUCAUGGCUCAAACCGGAAACAGCUUUGGAACAACCCGUUAAGACUGAGGAAGACGAGUCGAAGAAGGAAUCUGUCAGCUUUGCCUUAUAUCCUGAUAAAGAAUAUGAUGACGGUGAUGAUGAUGAUGAGGACGAUGAUGAAGACAAGCGUGAGAGCCGAUCAUGGAGAAGAUGAAAGGACGAUGAUUUUCUGCCUUAAUUUUAUUUUAUUUGUGACUUUUCUAUGUACUGUAUUAAGGGAAAAAACUCUUCUUUUUUUCUUCCUGAAAGCCAGACACAAGAUUUGCUGUGAGACUAAAGUUUUCUAAAACCUGCAAUACUGCAAUAAUACGGUAGCCUUUUGAGCUACAAUGAAUCUGGUGGAAUGCAACUUAAGCAAGGGGUAUAAUUUAUUUUAUUUAUAUUUUUAUUUUAUACAACAUUUUUAUGUUCAGCUGUGGAAAAAUAUGUUUGCUUUUGUUUGUUUAACCCUCCUGUAAAGAAAAUACAAAAGGGUUAUUACUUGGCAUGAAUAUUCCUAUGUUAAUUGGGGGAGGUUUACAUAGCUGAUGUGUAU